GACCUCGUGCUCUGUGUCCGGGUUGUGGCGUCAAUCGCAAAUCUUUGGACUUUUGAAGUUAAUUCAACCAACAAUAAGUUAGUUUUAAUCACCAUUCCCAGUGUGUACAGAAGUUUUCUUGUGGUUUUCAAACAAAGUCUAGACGAUACAGUGAAAAUAAAAGUAAUUUAACUAAUUUCUGCCCUAAUUUCCUUAUUUAGUCAAAUUCAACCUGAUGGGGAAAAAUAAACUGUUUUUGGUUAUAGUGUCUUGAUCAACAAAUGAAUGCAUUCAUGCUUCACGUGUGGAGGCACUGGCCCUGACUGAGUCCUACCCACGAUUCAGUCUGUGGAGAUGAAGUUACACACCUAACACAAAGACGUCUCACAUCAAGUGGGUGUGGACGCAGAACAGCAGGUAAAGGGAGAUGCCAGACAGGGGAAGACACCAUCGGAGGAGUGAUGUGUCUGCAGAGUCCAAGAGCAGGGCUUACUCACACAGGGGACAGCACUCUCUAUAUGAUAACCAGAGACACAGCCAAAACCCAGGAGGUGUAGAGGAGCGAUUCAGCAGUGACAGAAGAACCAAAGAGAACAGAAAGAGAGAAGUGACAAGUCCUCCUUUUCAUAAGGGGUCAGCUCCAUACAUUGCUCAUGAAAGGCCCUCAACACUGCCCAGAGAAACAUCAGUGUAUAACCAUGAGGUUUAUCAACAACAGCACAGAGAAGCCCUGUACAAUUUAAGGUACAUCCUAACCUCUAGAGGUAUCUGCCAGCUCAUGGAGAUCUCUGUGAAUCUUCUUAUCAUAAUCUGCGCCGCAGUGCCGUACAGCAACAACGGGGGUUACCGCGACCUGGCCAGCCUCGGAGGAAUUUACGCUUAUUACUUUGGAGGUGCCAGCGCCUUCACUGGAGCUGAUGCAGACAGAGUCAAGGAGCUGGACCGCCUCUUCCACCAGCUCAAGCAGCCUCCAUAUGUCUUUUCAAUGGCCUGCGGUGGGAUUUUGAUGGUAUAUGCCGGUGUCAUGUUUGCCCUGGGAGUCUUCAGGGUCUCCUACCGCUGGCCCAUUGCGCUGCUUGUGGAAGCUGUUGUGAAUUUUCUGAUUGGCUUAGGUUACAUCGCUGGGUUGGUUUUCUACUUUAUUAAAAUACAGGAAACCUACCAAAACCCCAUCUGUCAGGAGAGGGAACAGAUGUACAAGAGCAAAGGACACAAGGGCUUUGACUGCAUCUUUAAUGGUGCAGAUAUCGCAGGAGGAUUGUUUGGAGUGGCAGGGAUUUUUGUUUUCAUCUUUGGUGGGGUGCUGGCAGUCAGAGCCUUCAAAUUAAUGCGAGAGCAGAAGAAUGAAAGAACAAAUGAGGACAAUUAUUUUUAAACAUGCUUUUCUUACUCACAUUAGAGAAAACGUUUAACAGAUUGGAAGGGAUUUCCAUUAAGUCUUUUUCUGUAUUAAAUUUCUUUAUGUAAGCUGGAAUCCUUUUUUAAUUCUUGAUGCUCUUUUCUUAUUUCUACUUUUGUACUGACCUUUUUUUUUUGUAAAUGUCAUAAUAAACAGCCAGAUGAGAGUACCGUACAUACAAUUUCAUAAUUUUGGCAUGUAAAAAGAGGUAAUUGGAAAACAACUUUUCUUUCCACUUGUGAGAUGUAUGAUAGAACAUUUAACCUCUUGUAAAAAAAAAAAAAAUCAUAAGCUGUUCUUAAUAUGGGAUGUGUUAGGCAGAGGAGGAGCUGGUGAAAUAAAUUCAAAACUCAUCUUGUGAUCGCUUUAUUUCUUGUAUGAGACUAGGUUAAAUGACAGAACCAAAACUAAGUGUAAGGGGGUAAAAUAGACUCAACUGACAAAGGAGCAUUUGACAAAAAUACAACUAAUGCAGUGAUCAAUCAUGUAUAUCCUUUGAGAUUUGGAGCUUAAUGUUGGUUUGUGUUUGUGUGCGUGUGUCAGGGUUAGAGUUAACCCUAACCCUAAACUGAUCAAAUACUUUUUUAUAACUUUUAGUCUUGCUUCUCUUUUGACAUAAAACAACCGUUUUAACCUUAUCUUGAAAUCUAACAAUGCAAGAGCUACUCUGGUGGUUUGAAAAUAUUUACACAAGAAGUUUUUAUGUGUAGCGUUGUUGAUUUGAUGCACAUUUAUAAUAGUGAGUCUUUAAAUCUUUGCCAGACUACAGGGUGCAUUUCUAAGCUUGUCCAGUAGGUGGCAUUUACUUUAUUCAGCAAUGAACCUAAGCAAUAAAAACAUGCAGAAAUCUAAAUUAAUAAUUGCAUGAGGCAAAAGCCUUUAACUUAAGCUAACAGAUACAUUAGAUGUGUGAGGUUAAACCGCUAAACCACUGUUUGUACAGCAAAAAUAAAUGUUUUUGUCUAAAAUGCUGUGUUUUGGUGAUAAACUCAAUUAUAUCAAUUAUAAAUUACUUAAGUAAAUAUAUAAGCACAAGAAUACACAUAUACAAACCAUCCUGCUCUUUUAUUCCUUAUGUUUUAGACAUUUGAUAUUUGUCUUCAAAUAGACAUUUUUGACUGACCCAUGUUUACCGAGCAACUAAAAAUGAUCAUAAACAUGGUCAUUAAAAUGAAGCUGGACAAAACCAUUCACAGUAAAAAGUUUUAUUGCUACUUGGCUUAAAGUUAAUUGUGGAAAAAAAAUAAUUAAAAACUGAAAAUAAUAAUAGCAGCAUCUGAAUUAAAAAAAAAAAAGAUUAUCUUUUAUUUCACAGAAGGUUCAUAUGAGCAUAAGUCUCUGAAAAACAGCAAAAGUGCUCUUUGUUAGAUCCAUUCCUAAACAAUGUUAUUAUUUAUUACUCAACAUAAAUUUUAGCAGCAAUCAGCAUGCUAGAAAAAAUAUAUUGGAUAUGCUUCAUUUUAUACAAAUAAACCAUAUUUUAUAUAUACAUGUUUCUCAGUUGACUUGUAUUUAGCACAUGCUUAAAGUACAAAAUACAGUUACAGUUAGUACCCUCAAUGGUGCCCUAAUGAGUGACAGUUUUCUGAGGAAUCCCUAUAGUUUUCAAUUCUGUAGCAAGAGGGUGAUAGAAAUUUGCAUGAUACAAUGAAGUACAAAAAUAAACAUCAAGCUUCUUGGCAU